AUGCUGCUGGUAGAAAACCCCGAUGCCAUUGCCACCUCGGGUGAGUACCAGUCGCGGCCGCCAGCGCCGUACUGGGGCACGCCGGACGAAACAGACGUGACGCUGCUGUUCGGCGGCUUCGGGGAUCGCCGUCGAGUCGACCAGGACGUACUAUCUGAACUUCCUGUACAACCUGGACCCAACGACGACACCAAGCGGUACCGCAACUGGCCGCCGUGGAGACCGGAAGACAAGAAUAUGAUAUUUACCACGCUUUUUGGGAACGCUGAAUACAAGGACGAUUUCAGGAAUGAAAGUUUUGCGUUUUUGCAGAAGAAUACGCAGGCGCUGUAUUUCUAA